UGGUAAUUGUUUAGUGACAUCUUUCCUGGUUUAAAAUGACUGGAGUGCGCGCCGGCCGCGUACCUAAGCGCCGAAGAGGGCACCGCGUUAAGACUAGAUCAGUGCUGAGAAUGAUGGCAAUAAUGCAGGACAGGAACAGUGAGGAUGUACCGAGGGAGUUCUUAGAGACAGGGCGGACAGGGCGCCGGAACGCGAUGCCCGACAUACUGCACCCGCAGGGCGCGGAGGUGACCACGGCCGACUUGCCCUCCAGGCUGCAGCAACUCGUCACUACGGAUCCAGACAACCCACAGCCGGGAACGUCGAAAACUGAACUAGAUCCGAACAAAGCGGACGAGACGGGGAAAAAGGACAGCUGCAGUUGA